AUGUAAAAAAAUAAUGAAAUAAGUAAAGGAGGUCGUUAAAAAAUUGCAUUUAGUUUUUAGGUAAAAACUAACAAAAUAAUCAAUAUUAUUUAAUAAAAUAAUAUAUAAUCUUGGUAAAACAUUCAAGCAGAAGUCUCCUAAAGUCUUAAUCUUAAUGUAUCAGUAGAUACUAUAAUUAGAAGAGCAAAGGAAAAUUAAAUUUAAGGUUACCUGCCUUUAAAAAAACCGCUUUUAAAUUAAGAAAAAGCGAAUAAGAGACUUGAUUUUGCAAUUAAUAUCAAAAAACAAUUAGAUAGUAAAAACUUAAAUUUAAAAAACUUUAUUUUUACUGAUGAAACCAAACUUAGAUUAUUUUAAUCUGAAGUUAGUGGAAAUGUUUAUAUCAAAUGCAAAAAGGAAGAGAGGCUUGAACCUAAAAAUGUUAUUGGGUCUGUAAAAUAUGGUGGUGGAGGAAUUUGUUUUUGGGGUUCAAUUAGUUAUGUUGGAGUAGGAGAACUCCAUAUGAUUUAAGAAAAUAUAACUGGAGAAAUCUACUCAAAGCAAAUUCUUGAAAAAGCUUUAGUCAACUCAUUAUAAAAAAUGAAUAUUAAUGUGAAAGACGCUAUAAUAUUUGAAGAUCUUGAUCCCAAACAUUCUAUGAGGUGCAAAACCUCAGAAAAUACUGCUAAAAAAAUGAAUUUUAAUAUCGUGUAAGAUUAUCCACCUGCAAGCCCGGAUGUUAAUCCAAUCGAAAAUAUAUGGAGCCUCUUAAAAGGAUAGAUAACUAAAUAAGCUCCUUCUUCUUUAUAAGAAUUAGAAAAAAUUUCUCAAAAAAAAUGGAUGCGAUUUAACAAAGAUCGUUACUCUGUGUUGAAGAAUUUAAUCUUAUCAUUUCCCAGAAGAAUCGAAGAAGUGAUUUAAUCAAAAGGAUGGUAUACAAAAUAUUGA